GAGGAAGCUACACACUCCUCCGUCAUCCGCGCAGACCACAUGAUUUAAAUGUCCCGAAAAUACAGCCUUUUAUUAGUAACCAGGAAAACCAAGCAUGAUUCUGCCAAUUGGUAACUUAUAGCGUUUUUAUUCUUAAUUCCAUACACGUCUUUGAUUAUUUAUUUUAAUCGCAGUAAUACUUUGGUACGGCUGUAACAAUGGGCAUCACAAAACUGGCAGAUUUAGUUCGCUCUGAAGCUCCCAAUGCCAUUUCUCACAAAGACAUCAGCGACUACUCUGGAAAAAAGAUUGCACUGGAUGCAUCGAUCAUUAUGAACCAGUUUCGGGCUGCACUCAAUUCAGUGAAUGGUGGCGUGACUCUGGCUCUGUCUGGGCUCUUCUACCGUACGCUGACGUUACUGGAACAUGACAUAAAGCCUGUGUUUGUGUUUGAUGGGAAACCUCCAGCUCAAAAAGUGGCAACUCUUCAGAAAAGAGCAGAGGCAGAUGGAAGGAAGUUCACCAACUACUUAGGCUUUGCAUCUGCCCAAACCAAAAAUUGUAUAAAACUGCUAGAGCUGUUGGGCGUUCCAAUUGUUCAGGCUCCAGGUGACGCAGAGGCCCUCUGUGCACAGCUGGUGAAGGCAGGGGCUGUGUUUGCUGUGGCCUCAGAGGACAUGGACACUCUGCCAUUUGGGGCCAACAUUUUGAUACGACAACUCAACGCCAGUAAGGACAGUGAAGUCACAGAGUACUCCCUUGAGAAACUACUGCACAAACUUGAACUCACUCAAAAGGAGUUUGUAGAUCUUUGCAUUUUACUGGGCUGUGACUACUGCGACAAGAUUCCAAAACUGGGUCCCAAAAGAGCCCUAGUCUUAAUCCAAAAUCAUCGAACAAUUGAAGAAGUGGUUUUGCACGUCAAGAGAAAGACUCAUCCAGUUCCACAAUCUUGGAAUUAUAAAGCAGUAAGAAAAUUAUUCUUGGAAGAUUCAAAAACAGACAUCCCUGAGUUUGUCUGGAAAGAGCCUGAUGAGGAAGGCUUGGUUACGUUUUUGAGUCAUGAAAGGAAUGUCAACGAGGAGAGGGUUCGAAAUCGACUGGCCAUGUUUCAUCAAAAGCGCAAAAAGCUCAGAGAAGAAAGAGAGAAAAAUAAAGGAUGUAAGCAGACACGGAUGGAGGACUUCUUCAGAAUAACCAGGAAAAGAGGAGCUACUGUGGAUGCUGCAGAGUCCUCGAGCAGCAAAGAAAAAAGGCCGAAGAAGACUAAAUAAAGAUGGAUCUGUCCGUCUGGUUGCAAAUCUCAGAGGAGCCAUGAAGAGAGGCCUUGUCCUUUCCCACCUCCUGUUUGUAAAUGAUCAUCACGACCGAGUGCCUUUGAAAUCAACCAGAAUCUCCAUCACAUCAACGGACAUUUUAAACAUAAAUAUCUCUCCUCGCAAUUAUGAUAUUAGAUUAUGUUCAUUAUUUGAGAAUUCAGUGAUAAAGUGGCGAGCUGAAUCACUAUGAAAGCGGCCUGUGUUGUGGUGGAGAAAGGCAGUCUUCUUAUCACAGACUCGACAAGCACCUGUUGUGUGCUGGUGCCAAAGUCGAGGCUAUAGAGCUGAUUGUAAAAAAAAAAAAAAGAAGUGAGAUGAUUAAAUCCGCUAAAUGUUACUUUUAUACAUUUUAUAUUUACAUUUUUAUUGUUUUAGUCUGACUUUUUAAUGUAUACAAAAUAAUGUUUGAAUAAAUCAUGGAGUUAAAAAGGU